CACUAAUCCACCGGAGUAAUUUCGGCCUCAAAAAGGUUGAGUCGUAAUCACAAACCAACCAUGCUGUAAACUUGAUGAAGGUAGCCUCCAUAGCUCUGGCCUGUAUCAUAAUCAGAGAUUCUGAGAGAGAGAGAGAGAGAGAGAGAGAAAUGGCAUACUACCAUUGCACUGCAGCAGUUUUUUUCUAUCAAGAAUUCCAGCAAUUCUGCAACUCUCUCCAUUGUAGUCACUUUCUGCAACUCCCUGUCCAACAGAAGCCCUUUCCUCUUUCCCUCAGGAUCCGCAGAACCACGUCCUUCCAGAUUUCCCAAGUCUCCAUUCAAAACAGUGGUCAGGCAUCGAAGGGUCCCUCGAAAAGCCACAUCUGGAUCAAUCCAGACAGUCCCAGGGCUUCUAAGCUAAAAGAGGCUUCUUAUGAUUUCAAGUCCUCUUCACUGAUGAGUAUUUCGAACUCCUUGGAUUCCUGCAAAGCUGUCGAAGAAGAUGUGAUGGCUGUACUUGAUGCCUUGAGUGGCAAAGCAGUACAACAACAUGAAGCUGUAGAUAUUCUUAACAAUAUGUCAAACCCUGAUACUGCUCUUCUGGCAUUGAAUUAUUUCCUGAGAAGGCUUAAACUGACAAAUCAGCUCAUUUUGUACAAUGUAACUCUGAAGGUGCUAAAGAAAAACAAAUAUUUGAGUGAAGCAGAGAAACUGUUCGAUGAAAUGAUUGAAAGAGGAGUUAAGCCAGACAAUGUUACAUUCUCCACUAUUAUUAGCUGUGCUAAGUUCUGCUCCUUGCCGGAAAAAGCUGUGGAGUGGUUUGAAAAGAUGCCAGCUUUUGGGUGUCAACCCGAUGAUAUCACUUACACAACGAUGAUUGAUUCUUAUGGAAGGUCUGGGAAUUUGGAUAAGGCGUUGAACUUGUAUGACUAUGCAAGAGAAAAGAAAAUGCGUUUUGAUGCCAAGACAUUCUGCUCAUUGAUCAGGGUUUAUAGUGCUUCUGGGAAUUACGAUGGGUGCUUGAAUGUGUAUGAAGAAAUGAAGGGACUUGGCAUUAAGCCUGACAUGGCUGUGUAUAACCACUUGUUGUGUGCCAUGGGAAGAGCUAAGAGGCCAUGGAAGGCCAAAGAUAUCUACAUUGAUAUGAUACAAAUUGGAUUUCAGCCAAACUGGGCCACAUAUGCGGCACUGAUUCAAGCAUAUUGUAAGGCUCGUUAUGGCGAGGAUUCUCUUAAAGUGUAUAUAGAAAUGAAGGAGAAAGGGAUGCCAUUGAAUACUGUUCUAUAUAACACACUGCUUGCAAUGUGUGCCGAUUUGGGAUUAAUAGAUGAAGCUCUUGAAAUUUAUAAUGACAUGAAGGGUUGUGAAACAUCCAAGCCAGACCGUUGGACAUUUUCAUCUCUGAUCACAGUAUAUUCUUGCAGUGGGAAUUUCUUAGAAGCAGAGGCUGUUAUAGAUGAAAUGACAAAAGAAGGAUUGGAGCCAGAUAUUUUUGUCCUAACAUCACUAGUUCGAUGUUAUGGGAACGCUAAUCGUUUUGAUGAUGUCGUAAGGACUUUUGAUCAUCUUUUAGAUUUAGGUGUGACACCAGAUGAACGGCUGUGUGGUUGUCUUCUCAGUGUCUUGAAACAGGCACCUAAGGGAAAAAUGCAUAAAUUGACUGCAUGCCUUGAGAAGGCCAUGCCUAAGCUUGGUUACAUUGUGAAACUCCUAGUAGAUGGAAAGAAUGCCAAUGGCACUGUUUUUAAGAAGGAAGCCAAUGAACUCUUUCAUUACAUUAGCACUGGUGUGAGAAAGGCUUUCUGCAACUCCUUGAUUGAUAUUUGUGUGAACCUUAAUCAACUUGAAAAAGCCUGUGAGUUGUUAGACCUGGGAAUAAAAUUUGGAGUCUACAACGACAUACAAUCUAAAGAAUCUACUUGCUGGUAUUUAAAUCUCAAGAGUCUGUCAAGUGGGGCAGCACUAACUGCUCUGCAUGUCUGGAUGAAGGACAUGAACAGAGACAUUAGAAAUGGUAAAGAACUUCCAUCAUUGCUUGGGAUCAAUACGGGGCAUGGAAAACACAAGUACUCCAACAAUGGUUUGGCAGAUGUACUUGAGUCUCAUUUAAAGGGACUAGAUGCUCCAUUUCACAGAGAUCCUCAACAGCUUGGCUGGUUUUUUACGACAAAAGUCGCGGCUACAUUGUGGUUGGAAUCUAGAGAGCCUGAGAAAGUUAUAGCUUUUCCGAAUUUGGUUAUUGAUCCAGCUUAAUAUCGGAGUAAACUUAUGGUAAUUCUAAAUCUAUCUUCAAAGUGAUACUCCACCCAUCCCUUUUGCAGGUUCCCAAUUCGAAAUGGUACGCUUUUAUUAGGCAAUGGUUAAAUAAAGAUAUUUCAGUAUAGUUUGAGAACUAGUUGGCGUGAUGAUAUUCCAGUGGGUGAGUAUGUUGUAUAAUAGGGUAAUAUAUGAUAAUAGUGUUGUUACGGGUGUAUUAAUUUUGAUAUGUGAUGAUAAAAUUGUAUUUAAAAUGGAAUGAGAACCUCGAUUUGAACGUCCAGAAGAGGCAAGAGGUAAGUGAGAACUCUUAAAUGAGACGGAUGGAGUAUCUAUUUUAAGUUUACAUUUACUCGGAUUGCCUGUUUAAACAGAUACUCCGUAAUUGAUAAAACUUUGUUCUAUCAGAACCUCAGAAGAGCCUGAUAGUAGAAAUAUACUACUUCAUAUAUGGAAGUAAUCAUGUGAGUCCGUCCUUGACAGCUUGAGUCAGGAAAGAAUUAGGGAAACUGUUGAUUCUAUAUUCUCCACUUUCUUUAGCAUUUGUAUUUAUACCGAAGUAUGAUACAAUGUGCCUAAAUUCUAUAUAUGUGCUGGCAGGACAGGAGCAACAAAUUGGCCAUGGAAGCAUUUCUAAAACUUGCAUUCAUGUAGCAUGGGAAUAGAUAGCUAAUGGAAUGCCCUUGUAUUUACUUUGUAGUUUGUGUUUAUCAGGAUUCAGGAUAUCUCAGAAAAAUUUCAUGUUUGUGGUCUUGUGGAACCCUCUUAUUCACCUAUUCCUGUCAGCAUACUAAUUGAUGGGGCAAACCACCACUACCGCGCAAUAUAAUAUGGCUAUUGGCUUCUUGAAAGCAUGUUCAUCCGGCCUUGGUUCAGUUUUCUGAUCCACCCGUUUGCUCCCACGACAGAGAGAUCAGGCGCCAAAGAGUGUGUCCUGGACAUGUUUAUAGUGACAAGAUCCAAACUUAGGACUACAAAUCACGGGGUCAGCGAAAUGGUCACGGUCAAGAAAAUCUAUCAACUAUGGUGAUGUCAAAUUUAUCACGGAGUUAUUUUCCUUCUGUCUGGUUCCCUACUUGGCAAGUCCGUGUAAUCACCACAUAAAUAAUGAUCUUUACUCUUUAGUUAUAAGAGACAGCACUCCUUUUGGAAUAAGAAUGUUUUUAAUUGAAUUAUACUUUUCUAUUCUGGUUUGAUUUGGUAGAUGUUAGUCCUAUAUUACUAUAUAGUGAACAUGGAGUAUACUUUUCCAAUGCAUGCACAGUACAGAGACUUCUCAUUCAUUCUUCAAUUUGACGACGCACACCUGAGAA